AUGUCGAUGGAACCGCGGUUCUAUACCGAACCGGAACCGCUAGGUCGUGGUGGGUUUGGUGAAGUGUGGCUACUCACCGACACACAGCGGAAAAUGGUGAUGAAGAAAGCGCUACGAACGGAUGAUUAUGCCGGUUAUUUGAGGGAACUACGGACAUUGAAGGAACUGGCACAUGAGAAUGUCGUCAGAUAUUAUGAGCCGCCCGAGAAUUAUCCGGGGAUCGACCAGAAAGAAUGGUUGAUAUUUAUGGAAUACUGCGAGCAUGGCUCCCUAAAAGAUGGUGAUUUGUGCAUCUACGAUUCGUGUCUCGUGACGACGGCAGCUGUGGUGACUACGGUGGCCGGGGGAACGGAUACGGUAGUGCCGGGAGGCAGUACACAGCCAGGUUUUACCGGAUCGACGAGUCCGGGGAGUUACAGUAAUCUCCCAUCUGGGGCACCAGUCACAGGCGGCAUUUGUAGCGAUCUAAGUUCACUGUGCGGCGUAUGGGCUCGGAACGGGUUCUGCACGUCGUCAUUCUACCCAGAAGCCGUUCGUCGACAACAAUGCGGUAUUACAUGCCAAUUCUGUGGAGUGCAGACUACCGUAGCCAUCUGUAAAGACAAGCACACAGCAGGUUGCCCUGUCUGGCAGAAGAACGGUUUCUGCCAAUCGAGUUUCUACAACGAGACAAUUCGAAGGGAAAUGUGCCUGAAAAGCUGCGGAUAUUGC